AUGGCAGCAGCUGAUCUAAUGGUCAUCAUUGCAGAAGUCGUGCUGGGGCAAUUCAGGUAUUAUUACUUCCCAUUAGGUUUUCUCGACAUCACUCCAGUGUGCAGUGUGACCUAUUUCUUGGCUCGUGCAGCUGCCGAUUGUUCCAUCUGGUAUACUGUGACUUUAACAUUUGAUCGAUUUGUCCUCAUUUGUUGCCAGAAUCUGAAAACAAAAUAUUACACCAACAAAACUGCAGGCGUGGUUUUAGCUACAACCAGCCUUCUGCUUUGUUCCAAAAACGUUCCAUUCUACUGUGCAUAUGAACCUGGAAUGAUCAUUGACAACGUACCAUGGUAUUGUCACACGAAACCAAGCUAUUACUCUGAUCCUGCAUGGUUGGGAUUUGACUGGCUCGAUACAGUUUUAACGCCAUUGCUCCCAUUCACUUUAAUUCUCCUGCUUAACGCUCUGAGAGUCCAAUACAUUUUAAUGUAUAGUCGAGUGCGCAAGUGUUUGAAGGUUCACGGCAAGGGAAGAGACAUAGAAAUGGAAAGCCGAAAGAAAUCAGCAAUUUUACUGUUUACUAUAUCGGGAAGCUUUAUACUUCUAUGGCUAAACCGUGUUAUAUAUUUCAUAUGCUACAGAAUUACAGGAACUGAUCCUUUGAAUUACAACAGUUCAUCGUAUGUCUUUGGAGAAAUUGGAUUGAUGCUGAGAAAUUUAAGUUGCUGCACAAAUACAGUAAUUUAUGGAGUGACCCAGGCUAAGUUCAGGGAACAGCUCAAGAUUGCAGUGAAGUAUCUGUAUACAACAAUAAUUCAAUUUCUCACUAAACAGCACAAUUGA